AUGGCGGGCGCUUUCCUGUCUCCCUUAGAGGCUGUUGCCCAUCUUGCAACUUACAAACGAUUAGAUGGCCUGUCAGUCAAGGAUCUCAUGGACUCUCGCGUCCAUGGUGGUCUCACAUACAAUGACUUCCUCAUGCUCCCCGGAAAGAUCGACUUUCCUGCUUCCGAUGUCAUUACGGAGACCAGAAUAACUCGGAAUGUGAUUCUCAAGACUCCUUUCAUGAGUAGCCCUAUGGACACCGUCACCGAGACAGACAUGGCCAUUAGUCUCGCCCUGCUAGGUGGUAUUGGUGUCAUUCAUCACAACCAGUCCCCCGCUUCUCAAGCAGCCAUGGUUCAAGCCGUGAAAAGGCACGAGAAUGGUUUCAUCACGGAUCCCAUCAUCUUCUCUCCCAAUCACACCGUUGCAGACGUGCUUAAUAUAAAGACGCGUUUUGGAUUCUGCGGAAUCCCUAUCACAGAAACCGGAUCUUUAGGGGCUAAACUUGUCGGUAUCGUCACCUCGCGCGAUGUGCAGUUUGAGUCUCCCGAGACACCCCUCCAUAAGGUCAUGACCACGUCACUUGUCACUGCACCUCAAGGUGUUACACUGACAGAAGCCAACCAAAUCCUCCGUGCCUGCAAAAAGGGGAAACUUCCCAUCGUUGAUGAACAGGGUCGUCUUACCUCCCUCCUUGCCCGUUCUGACCUCCUCAAAAACCAAAAUUACCCGCUGGCUAGCAAGGACCACAGCAAGCAACUGUAUGCUGCCGCAGCUGUCGGCACGCGACCUAGCGACAAAGACCGCCUCAGGCUCCUCGUCGAGGCUGGCCUUGAUAUCGUCGUCCUUGACUCGUCCCAGGGUAAUUCCGUUUUUCAGAUCGACAUGAUUAAGUGGAUCAAGCAAACGUUCCCAAAACUCGAGGUUAUUGCAGGCAACGUUGUUACCCGUGAACAGGCUGCCAACCUCAUUGCCGCAGGGGCAGAUGCCCUCCGCGUUGGCAUGGGUAGUGGUUCCAUUUGUAUCACCCAGGAGGUUAUGGCUGCUGGUCGCCCACAGGCCACGGCUGUGUUCGCUGUUGCUGAGUUUGCGUCCAAGUUCGGUGUUCCUGUGAUCGCGGACGGUGGUAUCGGCAACGUGGGGCACAUUGUUAAGGCACUCGCCCUUGGUGCGAGCGCUGUCAUGAUGGGAGGGCUUCUUGCAGGUACCACAGAGGCACCAGGAGAGUACUUCUACCACGAUGGGAAGCGCGUGAAGUCUUACCGAGGCAUGGGUAGUCUUGAAGCUAUGGAAGAGGGCAAAUCGAGUGCGUCAGGUCAGGUCAAUGGCUCCAUGACACACGCGUCCCAGUCCUCGAACGGGUUGCACGAGAACGCCGCUACGACGCGCUAUUUCUCUGAGUCAUCUGCAGUCAAGGUUGCACAGGGCGUAUCGGGUGACGUGCAAGAUAAGGGCAGCGUCAAGGCGUUCAUCCCAUAUCUAUACGUUGGUGUCCAGCACAGUCUUCAGGAUAUCGGCAUGCGCAGCAUUGCGGAUCUGCAGGAAGGCGUAAUGGAGGAUCGUGUCAGGUUUGAAGUAAGAACAGCGAGUGCACAGGUAGAGGGAGGUGUUCAUGGUUUGCAUUCAUAUACCAAGCGACUGUAUGCUUGA